AUGAGCGAACCUUGUGGCCACAUUGACUUUUACCCAAACAACGAGGGAAUUGAAGAAGCAAGUCAUGUUUUAGUUGCUUGUAAUCACGUAAGAGCCAUAAAACUGUUCAUCGAGUCUAUAAACUCAAAAUGUUCAUACGUCGCACACAAAUGCAACUCGUAUCAAAACUUCUUACAGGGUAAAUGUUUCUUGUGCAAGGAGAAUGAUACAGGAUGUGCCAUAAUUUGCUUAAAUACAGUAAGACCAAACCAUGCACCGGGUUCCAAGUAUUUCAUAACUACUGGGAAAGAUACGCCAUAUUGUAGACGACAAUACAAGGUCAUGUUGGAUUUGGCCAAGCCACCUAGGGCUGAGUCCUGGGUUCAAGGUUUUAUGAAAGUGUCGUUACAUAGUGACAACGGUGUUAUCAGAAACCUAGAUUUAACUCCUAAUGGUUAUGAGCGUAUGGAGCACGGGACGAGCCGGAGCUUUGUGGUCACCCAUCCGGACGACAUAGGACAAGUGAAACGAGUAGAGUUUUACUGGGAGUAUAACAUGGACGUGCUACAACCCAGGUCCAUAUGUUUCUUCUGGUGCAACGACCAUCUGUACGUGUCUAGUAUCGGUGUCACAGAAGCCGAAGACGACGGAAACAGAGGUAAACGAGGUAUCCAAGUGGAUACUAAGUUGUGCAGCCAGGGUCCAAGAGAGUAUGCUGAUAUUGCCUCUAGGACUUCAGCUGUGUUCAUCGACAAAUGUGAAGACCAAGAGCUUCUAAACUAA